AUGACAGGUAAUCAGAACAGGAGGGAGCUGCUCACGUGGGCGCUCAUCGAGGAGGCUGCCGCCACGGUAAAGAUUGCCAUGGCGCACCAGAAGCUGGCUGGGAUCGACGCCUCGUUCGCCACACAGUUUGGUAUGCCCGUGCUCAACGACGAGGAAAUUAGAGGUCUGGGGAGGCGCGGGGAGUCGCGGGGCGGCCACAAGGCUCACCAGAUGCGGCGGCGGCGGCGCGCGCCAUGUAGAUGGGAGGGCGCGGAGAGAGGUGCUGCGGUGCUGCGGCUCGGCGGCGCGACCUGGAGAAAGGGCUCUGCGGCCGCGCGACCUGGAGAUAGUGGUCUGCGGCGGCUCGACGGAGGAGGGGGCGGGGUGCGGUCCAGGGGCUGGCAGCGCUCGCCCCGGUCCAGCGGCGGGUGCGGCUUGAAGGGCGGUGGCGCUUGCCGUGGACAGUGGGGAGGCCACGCCGGCCCUGUUGAUUUGGCCAUGGACAGUGGCAGUGGCGGAGCGCUGUUGAUUAGGACCCUGUGCAUCUCCUCUUUUUCUUUUAUGGAUGGUGACCAAAGUUUCUUGGACACAGUUGGUUUUGGUUACUCACAAACACAACCUCAAAGUCCAAUUGGAGAGCAAGCAACCCCAUCAACUCAGCAUGAAGCAAGACCAUCAACUCAGCAUGAAGCAAGACCAUCAACUCAGCAUCAAGCAAGACCAUCCAACAAAGGAAAAAAUUGGUCUACUGAUGAGGAUAAGGUUCUGAUAGCAGCAUGGGCAAAUACAAGUAUUGAUAUUGUCGGGACAGAUCAAAACCGAGAAACUUAUUGGGCUAGAAUUUCAGAGUACUACAACACACACAAGGAAUCAUCAUGGCCUGAGCGUAAUGCCAAUGCAAUAAAUUGCCGUUACACAUUCAUUAACAAAGAGACCGCUAAAUUUUGUGGUUGCCUUCAGCAGAUUUUACAUUUGGAGGAAAGUGGAAGGACUAUACAAGAAAAGACAAAUGAUGCACACCUUUUGUUCAAGGAAUUGGAUAUUAAAAGAAAAAAGCCUUUCACAUUGAUGCAUUGCUAUGUAGAGUUUUCGAAGUAUCCAAAGUGGCAGACAAAAGAACUUGAAACUUCUGUUAAGAAACAAAAGAAGACCAUUGAUGCAAGUCCGGGCACAUCCUCGGUACGCACUGAUGCUACCUCGGCACACAAUGAUGCUCUUGAACAUGAGAAAAGACCCGAUGGUGUGAAGAAGGAGAAAUUGCAGAGAGGUAAAGCUGAUGACAGUGCUUGCAAGUUAUCAUUAGAAACUGUGUGGGCACAAAAGCAAGAGAAAGAUGAGCUCAAAGAGGCGGCAAGAAACGUUCGAUAUGCACAACAAUUUGAAUUGAGAAAAGAGGAGAUUGCACUGAAAAAGAAGGAGGAUGCACGAAAUGAGAGGGAUGAUGCACGCAAACAGUUUGAAUUAGAUGAGAGGAUAAUGCUCAUGGACACAAGUGGUAUGACUGAUGUGCAAAAGCAGUUUUACCAAGCUAAGCAGAAUGAGAUCCUUGCUCGCGGCCUAGAGUAGUGAGCUAGU